CGCCAAUAUACAGUACAAUCUUGAGCUCAUAACAUAUCCGCAAAAUACCCAAGUUACUCUCUUUUACGGAAUUGAACCUCAUCUCUUAUCGAAAUAUUUUAGGGUUAAAAAGGAGAAAGCAGCCGGCCAUCCUUGCUUUCAUCUUUCUUCAUACAUAUUUGAUUCGUGUCGGAAGAAAUUUGAAUAGCUGCGCAAAAACGAAACCAAAACAAUACCAACGGUCUUUAGUUUCGUUUUCGAAUAAAAGAUACCCUGACUGCAGCAUGCAGUCUUCGACAACAGCUUUUGAUGAGACCUCACUCAGCAGAGCGCGACAUUCAUUACCUUAAAUGACCUCGCUCUGUCUGGCUCCGGGACAUUGUCUGAUGGAGGCUGACCAUGGAUGAGGAGGUUGGCCCUGAAGAUGAUAAUCUGCAUGACAUCUUAGCUCAGGAAUCUUCAGAACUCCUCCAAAUCCUUCAGAACCAGUCAUUGGAAGUUAUAAUGCAGUUGAGCCGAAUGGUGCCCAGUGGAGAGAGAUGGAACAUCGAUUAUGGGGCCUCCUCUGCAUCAGCAAAAACAGAACACAUUUGUGCUGUGUUGGAGUACUUCAGGUCGGCCUCAGCUGCACAUUGCCGCAGCUUCCUUCAGAGCAUGUGUUUGCUGUGUGAAAACAUCCCCAUGCGCCUGGAGUCCAGGCUCAUGUCAGUUGCUGGAUAUGCAAACAAUGUUGGAGAAAGUUCCAGGCCCGAUGAAACAGAUGAGAAGUCAUCAUCGCCCCCAUCAGAGCAGCAGCUUGUCAAACGUCCUCGGAUUGAUUACUGGGAGCAGUACAUUGCUACAGUGAUGGGUUCACUGCAGAGGAGGUGGAAGCGACUAAAUGAGCUCCUUGUGAAGGAGGUUCGUCUGGACAAUGUGUGGGUAAGCCCAAGAACGGCAAACAGAGGCAGAGACAGACCCGAUCAAACCCCUGGAUCAACAGACAGAGGGAGCAGAACACCAGAGCCUGAUGUGGAUUAUGGGUCCAUGGAGGGCAGAGUGACGUUGGAGACCUUCCUCCAGGGGUGUGCAGGGAAGGUGACGGUUCUUCUUGGCCGGGCUGGAUCAGGAAAAACUCUGCUGAUGUCGUGUUUAGGACAGCAGUGGGCUUGUGGGCUAGGCCCUAUCCCAUCAUCCUCGCUGUUUGUUCUGCUAGAGUUCCGUCAACUAGGCUUACUGACCUGCCCUCUCUCCCUGUCCGAGCUGCUAUUCAGGCACUACCUCCCUCCAACAGGGGGAGAUGAUGAAAAGCAAGCCAUUGUGGACUACGUCCUUUCCAAUCCAGAGCAAAGCUGUUGGGUGCUGGACGGCUAUGACGAGUUUCACAGCAAACUCAGCAAACAGGAGGCGCAGAAAGAGCUGUUGGACCCCAAAAACCCUCUACCUGUGGCAGACCUAAUUUCAGGACUGUUGAAUGGUCAGCUUCUUCCAGGAUGCACUGUGAUGGUUACCUGCCGUGUACGUGAUGUCAUGGAUUUGGAGGGUAUAUCAGAUAAAGUGGGUCUUCUGCUGGGCUGGGAAUGCAGAGAGAUCAUGGAGUAUGUGCACAACUUCUUUGAAGUAAAAGGUCACUCAGCAUGCAGAGGUCUCGGGAAGCAGGCUGCAGAUCUCCUUCUUUCCAAUCAGCACCUCCUUGCAAUGUCAUCUCUCCCGGCUCUCUGCAACAUCUGCUGCAUCUGUCUGGAGCACUUACUGCUGGAAGAGAGAGACCCAGGAAUGGCUCGGACACCCGAUGAAAGAAGAAGCGAAGCCAGGAUAACAGCCAGAGACAGAGAAGUUACAGGAGUCCAGCUUCAAGGAGGAGGAGGAGGAGGAGGAGGAUCAGAGAGUAGUAGAAGAUGGAGUCAUGAAGCAAGGCGAGAUCUUGAAGGAAGAGGAGGAAGUGUUGACACAAUGAUGGAUGUGACAAAUGGCAGAGCUCAGCUGCCUCUCACACAAUCUCAGAUACCCUCCACGCUUACCCAGGUCUACCUCACUGUUCUUGGAGCAUUUCUGAGCCGUGGCCCUGAUAAAGGUGGAAGAAAUGACAAGAGUGUUGCUUCUACACUGAGUCAGUUUCGGUCUGAGCUGUGUGAGCUUAGUCAGCUGGCCUGGAAAGGCUUAGAGGACAGCAAGAUUCUGUUCAUGGAAGGAGAAAUUCCCCGGCAUGUUUUGGAGUUUUCCACCAGGACGGGGCUCUUCUCACAGGUGGAGGUCAGAUGUGAGGAUGGGAUGACUGUCAACUCCUACUUCUUCAUUCAUUUGACAUUACAGGAGUUUUUGGGGGCGGUCAGAAUCAUGACCAGUCAGGAUGUUAGCGACAAGCAGCUCAAGCAGAGAUUCAGCCUCAAAACCCGAUGGACAACCAAGUCAGAUCAGAGGACGGUCUUCACUGACUCCCUGCAUCAGUUUGUAUGCGGGCUGGCUUCUCCACAGUGCACUAAGACCUUGGUUCACAUAGCCAGGACCUCUAGUGGAGCAGGCAUUCAAACCUGGGUCAAAAAGCGUCAAGCUCUUGUUCUGAAACUGUUACAACACCUGUGUCACAGCAACACCUUGACAGGGCCAAAGGUUUUGGAGCUUUGCCAUUGUGUCCAAGAGACCCAGGACCAGCAACUGGCUAAGCAGGUUGUGGGUACGAGACCUACCUUGGAGCUCCGCAACAUCCGACUAUUGCCAAAUGAUAUUGAUGCUCUGGCUUUUGUUGUAAACUCAGUGGGUGACACUGGAAUAGGGCUCGACUUUGGUGCAUGCUCAAUGGACUUGGAGUGUUUAGACAUCCUGACCAGGUGUCAGUACAUUCACUACCUCUGUUUCCGCAGCCGCAAGUAUGGUGACCUAUUUGCUGAGAAGUUAUCCACCGUUUUGUCAAAAUUCACAUCCCUAAGAAAGCUAGAGUUUUGUGGUGCCAGCCUGACAGCCGCUGGAGCAGCUAGUUUGGCCUCCGCUUUACAGGACUGUCCAAACAUCACUGAAGUGAAUCUUAGUGACAACAACUUGAAAGAUGAGGGGAUUGAAAACAUUGCUAAUGUUUUUACCAAACUACCCAGACUGGUCCGGAUAAUGUUGGGUCGAAACAACUGUUCUCAGAAAGCAGUGGAGCAUCUCAUCAGGAAAACGUCUUCAUGUGGCAACAUCCUGCAAAUUCAUGCAGAUGGGCUGAAGGAAGUGACAGUAACUUUCUUCCAAAACUCUGGUUUAAGCAGCAAUCAAAUUAAGCCUGACACAACGAUCAGCUUGUUGAACCAGAAAUGGAGCAAACCUGAAAUGCAAGAACUUGCAGGGUCGUUGGCAUGUUGCCCUGCUUUGUCAGUGCUGGAUCUAUCUGGAGGCCAAUGGGAUUUUGAAACACUGAAGACCUUCACUCAGUUUUUGCCAAAGCUCAACAUCACCAAAAAGAUAAUUUUGAACGAGAGCUGCUCCUCAGUGGAGGGUUUGGUGAUUCUGACCGCCCUGCUGUCUGACUGUCCUGCUGUGAUGGAGCUUCAUGUAAGGUUACAGAGCCCUGUCCAAGUGUCGGUAUUUUUUGCUGGAGGGCGAGAACAGCCUGUAAACAAAAUAUCCAAAACACUUUGUCUCAGCUGCUGUGGUCUGCUGCCUGCUGAUCUGGAGAGAGUGUGGCAGAGUUUGGGAGCAUCCUCAGAUCUCACUUUGAUCGAUCUGUCCAGUAACUGCUUGGACAACAAAGGUCUGAAGAAGCUGUUGGAGCUGCUGCCUCGUCUUCCAAGUAUCCGGGAGAUCAAUGCCAGUAAUAACAGGAUCAGCAUGGUAGGAGUGGGGAUGCUGGCUGGUGCUUUGUGCUCCCAUAGCAACCUAACACACAUUCACAUCAGUGAUGGAGGCAGAGAGAAGCUGACCCUGAUGUUCAGCCCUGACAUAAGUGCUGACAAACAGCAGCUAAAGAUUUUCAGGUUAAACAACAGCAGCCUCCAGCCUUCUGACAUAAACACACUCUGUAGACGGUUGGUUCAGUGUCACAACCUUUCGGAAUUAGAUUUUUCUCACAGCUCACUGUCAGACAAAGCUAUCGAGAACCUGCUGAAGGUCCUGCCGAAGAUGAAAUCCCUACAGAGACUCAAUGUCAGCCACAGCAUCUCAACCACAUCAGGAGCUGUGACGCUGGUCGGCUGUUUGAAGGGCAGUCAGCGGGUGAAGUCCGUGGAGCUCAGGCCUCAGUUUGAAUCCCUCAUACAUUUUGAAAGCGUGAAAGCAGAACAAGCCAGCUGCAGUUUCGCUGGUUUUACCCUGAAGGCUGAUGACUGUGAGAAACUGCUCAGUGUCUUACAGCAGGGCCCCAAACUGUCCUACCUGGAUUUAACAAGUAACCAACUGGAAGAUGAAGGGGUGAAGCAUUUUUUGGAUUCUCUACCGAAGCUAAAAGUCAUCAGCUAUGUCAAUUUGAGCAGCAACAACCUGACCCAGCAGGGGCUGUUUGAUGUGAUCAACACUCUGUGUGUCUGUGAUAACGUGACAGGUGUAGAAAUCAGUCUGGGAGAGGAGCAAAGGUGUCUUAUCUGGUUUGCACAAGAUGAAGGUUGUGAAAAAACUCUAAGUGUCAGAGGAUGCAGUUUGGAGCAUGACCACUUGGCCAGAUUAGCAGAGUUAGUGUCUCACUGUCCCAGUCUGACGAAACUGGAUUUCAGAAAGAACUAUCUGAAGUCAAACUGGAUUGUGGACUUUGUGAAAAUUUUGAGCAGCAGUCAGAGCGGACUUAGUGUCAGCAUCGAGGAGUGUUGGAUCAGAUCAAAGGAAGCUGUGAGCUUGUUGUGUCUCUGUCUGGAAACCUGCAGCAACAUACACACUCUCAGGGUUCACCACAACACUCUAUACCUGACUUUGAUGAAGGCUGCUGAACUGACUACAGCCAGUGAUGACUCUGCACAUCUGACUCAGUUCAUGGCCACAAGGAAUAUGGGCCUUGUGGAUUGUACAGUAGAGGGUUACCAGCUUGAACCACUGAAGGACAUCAUUCAGAGAUGUCCUUUAUUGACAGAGCUGGAUUUUUCCCACAACCACCUCGGUAUCUUUGGAGCUGAGUUUCUCUCGACUGUUCUCCCCACAUUGCCAAACCUCACCUCUCUCAGUAUUGGUUCCAAAGAGACUCGUGCAGUUGUGGCUGAAAAGAUCUCAGAGAGCUUACUCCAGGCUGCAGCCAUUCAGAGCUUGAAUCUAUCAGGUUAUGUUAUUAGUGACACAGCAGCUCAGAGUUUGACCAGAACACUGCCCCGCCUACGAUCACUAAAUCUUUCUCUCUGCGUAUGGACGGGGGAUGGAGGCUUGCAGCUCAUCAAAGCACUGGGAGAGUGUGUUGGUCUGGAUAGCCUUUGUCUGGACUCUUGGCAGCUGAGUGAGGAGCACAGCGUGUCUCUAGCACAUACACUGAGGAGUGUCAACUCCAUACAUGUUCUCAAGCUUAAUAAGGUUGUCACUGCAGACUGUGGGCUCAUGCUUCUCACUGCUAUGGAGGGACUCACACAAAUGGAGGAGAUUGAGUUGGAGGGCUGGAGGUUGGGUGAAAGAGGAGUAGACCAGUUGACCAGACUCCUUCUUCUCUGGAAGGAUCUCAGAAGGAUCAGUCUAUCAAAGAAUCUUAUCAACGAUCAGUCAGGAGAAAAGCUACUGGUGGCUUUGAAGUGCUGUUGUCAUCUUGAAGAGCUUAAUCUGUCCAGUAACCAACUGGGUGACCUCACUGCAGCCAGGAUGGCCAUCGUUUUACCAUCGCUCACACACAUCACUGUGUUAGAUAUUUCAGAAAACCACAUCAGCCAUGAAGGGUCAGUCAGUAUUUCCAAAGCAAUAACGAGUCUCAAGAACCUCACCAAGAUGAAUCUGACCUCUGUUGGGACUCCAGAGCUGUGUGCUGUAGCUGCCAGUCUGGUCAACUGUCCACUCAUACAGGAUGUUCGUCUUGGAUGGAACAGCUGUGAAGAUAAAGUGGCAGAGGAGCUGGCCAGAGUCCUGCCUCUUUGUCCGAAGAUGACAAGUAUAGAUCUGGAGUCAAACAGUGUGAGUGUUUCUGGAGCAGAGGCCCUGGUUAGAGCCUUACAGUCGUGUCCUGCUCUGCAGCUCAUCAGGCUGUGGAGAAACAAGAUCUCUUCCAGUGAAGCACAGAGGUUCAGUCUGAGGGACAGGCGGCUGAAUUUUUCAUCCAUAUAAUAUGAUCUGUUCUACAUUCCUCUCUGUCACAGUGUGUAGAUGAAUUACUACUCAGCCCAGUCCUGCUCCUGCCACAGACUGAGUUAGAAUUAGUUUACCCUGUGGUACAAGCAUCAGAAAAGCUUAAAAAAACUAUACACAAAAACAAAGACAAUUUUCUGACUGAAAACCCUCACACAGGAAUGUUUUUGAUGAUUAUAUUAGAUGUCAUGUAGAAGGACAACCUUAAAAGAUUGCCCUGUCACAUAAACCAUGACUUCCUCCUUAAUCACAUGCCGCUGCCCACUUUGAGGUUGGUAUGUCAAGGAUUCAAAGUAGUUCUCCCCUGAGGAAAUACUUGCUUUAUGUUUGAGGACUCUACUCUGAAGCCACUUUGCACUAUUGCGUGUUUACAAUAACGAGAGGCCACAUAACUGAAAACACAAUAAGUCACACUAACAGGAAUAACUCAGAAGGAUCUCCUUCAAUGGCUGUGGUCUCUCUAUCCAGUUUGCGUAUUUAUUUCUGCUUUUGUCAUGGAUCAAGUCUUCAAUAUGUUAUUAUUAAGUUUUAUUUUUUAAGGUAAGUUUCUAAGCUGCAACUCUGAUAGAGUUUCAAAACAGUAAUUCGUGAAAAUGUGUAUAACUGCUGAAUUAAUAAGAAACAUUCUGCUGUUUUGAGUCUCUGUAAAAAUGAUGAACCCAGGUGUUCUGGGGUACUGAUGCAGGUAAUUGUUUCUGUUUGAGUUCUCUUCUAGACCUGUUGUUUCUAUCUUUGACUAUUAUUGAUUCUGACUUGCACUGAUAUUUUAAUGUACAUACAAAAAAGACCACCUUAAGUUAUGGCCUGUAUUCACAAAUGUUGUGAAUAUAGAGUUUUCAUUUGAUGUAAUGUUGCUUUAUAAUUUGUUAAGUGUCUCAAGGGUUUUGAGAGUACAUUUGCAAAUAAAAUUUUGAUUGAUUUAU